AUGUCAGAAGCCAAGGGUCAGAGACAACAAGCGUGGUCAGGGUCAAACCAAAGGUCAGACGCUGAUUUCCGAAUUAGGAACCGGAAAUUAGGAACCAGGAACCGAAACAACAACCAGAAUCAGGAACACGAACUAGGAUCAGGAUCAGGAACAAGGACCAGAACACCAGGGGAAUGGAAGCAAGCACCAGAACAACCAAACACUGAAUAA